UACAAGGGGUACACGUACGCACCACCAUCCCCAAAAUAUCUUCGACAAAGAAAAAUAAAAAAGGAAACUGGAAAAGACAAUGAGCGGCGAUGAUCAUGUCGGAGAAACCCAUGGUCGCCGUGACCCGAUCCGGUGGUUGCUCGGUUUUGGUUUCUUCGUACAAGGAUUUAGAGGUUUCCCAUGGCUUGGAGCCAAUUUCUUCCUCACAGAUGAGCUUCGUGUGAAUCCUUCAGUGCUUCAGCUUCUCCAGAACUCAGCCAAUCUUCCAAUGGUGGCAAAACCUAUCUACGGCAUCGUUUCAGACGCAGUCUACUUCUUCGGCGAGCAUCGAAUCCCAUACAUAGCCAUUGGUGCCUUGUUACAAGCAAUCUCAUGGCUAGCUAUAGCUUUCAAUGUAUCAAUCUUAGCUUUGUCGGUAUAUCUUCUCCUUAGCAAUCUCGGUGCUUCAUUAGUAGAAGUUGCAAACGAUGCAAUUGUUGCUGAGGCCGGAAAGCAAAAAAAAGGCUCCGGUGAGCUACCUUCGUUUGUUUGGAUGGCUUCUUCUCUAGGUGGAAUCUUUGGAAACCUUUUAGGUGGUAUUGUUAUCAAAACGUUUUCCGCACAGUCAACGUUCCUCGUAUUUGGGAUUCUGGCUCUUGUUCAGUUCUUGGUAACUGUAAACAUGAGAGAAAAGUCUCUUAAUCUUCCGGAGAAGAAUCCAUCACAAGCUGGUAUCAGAAAACAUCUCUCUGACCUUUCACACGUGUUGAGGAAGCCCGAGAUUUCUUAUUCCAUUGCCUUGUUUACGUUAUCGACCGCUCUAGUUCCUGUUCUGACAGGGACAAUGUUCUUUUACCAAACAAAGUUUCUGAAAAUCGAUGCGUCACUCCUAGGGAUCUCCAAGGUCUUUGCUCAAAUCGCAAUGCUCUUAUGGGGUCUUGCAUACAAUCGUUGGCUAAAAACUAUCCCUCCCAGGAAACUGAUUACAGCCAUUCAGGUAACGAUAGCUCUCUUUGUCAUAUCUGAUCUCUUGUUUGUGAAAGGCGUUUACCGGGAUUUGGGAGUGCCCGACUCUCUCUAUGUACUAUUCUUUUCUGGAUUCUUGGAAACUCUUUUUUACUUCAAGAUUCUGCCUUUUACCGUCUUGAUGGCACGCCUUUGUCCUCCUGGAUGUGAAGGGUCUCUCAUGGCAUUUGUCAUGUCAGCCAUUGCACUCGCUUUCAUAGUUAGUGGUUAUCUUGGAAUCCUUCUUGCAUCAUUUGUCGGCGUAACAGUGGAUGAUUUCUCCGGGUUUACUCGUGGACUCGCUAUAGAAGCCUUCUGCGUGGGGAUUCCGCUCAUCUUAACUUCGUGGAUAUAUGAUGAAGCGGAAACAAAAGAGAAAAGUAAAAAGAAAGACUGAGAGUUCAUACCGGGUCAAAAGUGCACUCUGUGACAUUCUUGUGGUUUUAAUGUUUCAUAGUCUCCCAUAGAUUUUUCUUUGAUUUUGCUUCACAGCUACUAGAAUCUUUCGAUGAUAGAAGCAUACUGUAGAUCUGUGACUUUGGUUGGUGUGUUCAGUGAUUACUUGAUGUUCAUUUCA